AUGCUGAGGAAAAAAUGUGGUCGAAGGCAUAAUUCCUUGUUUAUAAAUAGUGGUGGUGAGGAAGUAGAUGACGGAAAAAAUCAGUAUCAUAACGAUACCUCAAUAUCAAGUUUUAAUCUUAGUCCAUCUGAGGAUUGGGCUUAUAGCUAUGCUGGGGACUACCUCUGGGCAAAAGUCAAUGCCAGUACUUUAGUAAGAAACUUGACGUGUGAAAUUACUAACUCCAAGGCAAACAUAGACAACAAUUUUCGCCUUGCUCCCGUCUCUCUAACGUAUUAUGGCCUCUGCUUGCGUAAAGGCAAGUACAUUGUGACACUUCACUUUGCUGAAGCAUUAUAUUCUAAGAGUGAAGAUUACAGCACAUCAGGAAAACGAGUGUUUGAUAUAUAUAUUCAGGGAAUGAUUGUAAAGAAAGAUGUCAACAUAAAGGAAAUCCCUGGGAAAGAACAUGAAGAAAGACGACUACAAUUCAAGGUUAAAAUAAAUGAUGGUUCGUUAGAGAUCAAGUUCUUCUGGGCUGGCAAGGGAUCUCUAUACAACCCACCUGCUCUCAAUGGACCUCUCAUAUCAGCUGUUUCGAUCACUCGUGGUAGGAAGCGCAAACUUCAAUACUUUUCAUUUUGUCUGCUAAAACCCAGGAUUCUGUUGCUCACUUCACUAUCUGUGUGAGAAUAGUUUAUUGCUUGGCUGACAAACAUUGUUUUCUAUAUGU